AUGGGGAAUAAGAUUGGGAAAAAGAGGCAAGUGGUAGAUGAGAAGUAUACAAGACUGCAGGGGCUGUAUCAGCACAUAGACAUCGAUCAUAAGAGGCUGAGGAAGCUCAUUCUUGAUUCCAAAUUGGCAGCUUUCUACCCAGGUCUCGAUGACCACUCUUUAAAUCUGGAAGAGUGUCCCAUGUGCUUUCUGUAUUAUCCAAGUCUUAACCGAUCCAGGUGUUGCAUAAAAGGCAUGUGCACAGGAAGAACAGAAGGUUAUAGAAGCCCAAAUAAGGAUUCAGCAGCAAGAGCUGCAAGGUUGAAGCUGAAAGGAUAAAGAAGAGACGAUAUAUUAAUUCAUCAAGCAUAAUACCAACUUCGACAGAUGUUGAAUAUACC